UGUACUGAGGACUGAUCUUCGGGAACGAUUCUGUUCUGUUGUUAACGCUUGACCCUUCUGAGACCUGCUCGAACCGGGACAAGCUAACCCCGCCGGUGACGUGGGGGACCCUCUUCAGCUAAGCAGUUUCAGCUAUAAGUGACAAGUAUGGUGCUCUGUUCCGAAGACAAUGCUACGUUCUCAGUCAGAUACAACCGCAUGAACAAUAUGAAUUCUUACGCCUACUCCCCGCAACCCCAAGAGCAGUACGUUACUUCUCAGAUGGGCAACGGCGAUGCUUACAGCCAGUUCCAAGUGUCUUAUUCGGACCCCAGCAUCCAACAACUGGCCCACUCGGCAUCUUGGGCGGGAGUCUACGCCGCGCGGUCCGGCCAUGGUGCAGUGCACCAGGAUCCUGUACCCCACGGGCAGGGGUCUAUUCUGGACGACUGGUCGAGCCCGACCCCUCAGCAGUACUGUACCUCAUCCAACUCCGACUCAUCUCCUUCCCCUAAUGGCUACUCGUACCCUAUGCCCUACCGCACGGCAAUAUCCCCAGGGACAAGCGGGCUGGACUACAAUAUCCCGUCCCCCGAGCAAACCACAACCCCGACGGGACAUGGUACGGGGGUAUCGGUCAUUGCUAGCCAUCAAAGCCACCUAUGUACCCUCGGGGAGAGAUCGUCCUGCCAAGGAAGUCCCACAGGGUCCCGUCCACUACGGCCUCCGUACGACUGGAUGAAGCGUCAGACCUACCAGACUGUUCCAUCCGCAGGUAAAACGAGAACGAAGGAUAAAUACCGGGUUGUGUACACGGAUCACCAGAGGCUUGAGCUGGAGAAAGAGUUCCAUUACAGUCGCUAUAUCACAAUCCGGAGAAAGGCAGAGCUAGCGCAGAGUCUCAGCUUGUCCGAGAGACAGGUGAAAAUCUGGUUCCAGAACAGAAGAGCAAAGGAAAGGAAGCAAAAGAAGAAGGAAGACGCUUCCGGUGGAGUUAAAGUUAUAUCGGAAGUUCCAGUGCAAGGACAAUCUCUCACACAUGCGCAAUCUGUACAAAUGCAUUCCCAACCGCACCCAGAACUGAGCCAAUCGCAGACGCCACAUUUGACGCACACGCGCGUUCAAACGCAAGACAUGAUGAGACAGGAAGAGGUGCCUAACAGUUCAUCCAUGGAGGGCCUGCAGCCAUGACAAUGACAACAACAACAAUGUUGAUGCUGUCAAACAUGGCUCUAGCGAAAUGGUGCUUUUGAAAACACUGACGUGUAUUUGGGGGAUUUGCUGCAAUCACGUUCAUUAAGAACUCAAAACACACCUACAAGAAUCUUUUGAAAUGGAGGUUAUGACCAAAUCAUAAAUUCAUUCCUUACAUAUAGACAAUGUGCAUAAAAGAAAAUGACACUGCGUAGAAAAUACAUGGACGUCAUAAAACAUGGAUAUUAGACUAUUCUGUGGUGAUUUAUAAUUCCCUGAAUUAACCAGGCGCUUGCGUACCUAUUUAAAUAGAUAGAUCACUCUAAAGACGUUCUCAGAAUUAUCAGUAUAAAUGUUUUUGCUUUCCGGUUUAUCCUGUAUUUCACGAAACAUUCAUGACCACUUUUGUUAACUUACCUUAAUCUUGUAGCUCACCGUUACAUUGAAGAAGCUCACCUACUCAUUGUGUAGGACUAUAGAGUGAUUUUGCUUUCAUACAGUAUAUAUAACAAGUUAUGAACUGUUUGAUCAGAUAAAACUAACUGGUCUCACAUGCCAUAUUUCAUCGGUCUUUGGUGUUUCCGCUAAAAUAUAAUGGAUACGAGAGCAUUUUUACUCAUAUACGUCUUCGUCGUUUGACUGGGAACCGAGUCGCUGGAUUGCUUGUUCGGAAUCUUAAUCUAGGUUAUUUCUGUUUUUAUGCAUAAACAUCUUCUUUUGUUAAAGAAGCCGAUAAUGUUUCAUUUAGCCACCAUUAUAAUAUCAUGUGAUCACACACGAACAUUGCCUGAUUGUACCUGUUGUUAAUGUUGCAAUGCAUGUCACUCUUCUCUAACUACAUACAUGUAGCGAUCCUCCGCAGUGCCGGAAUUGCGCCACGGAAAAGAACGAUCCCGUCGACGGCGAUGUACAGACGCAUCUAAUACACCAGGGGUCUGCCCAGAAUAUAAGAUAUAACUGGAGUUUACUACAACUUGCUUGAUAUUUUAUCCUUUUGAAAUUGUUUCUUAUUUUUGUUGCUAUAUAUCACGUUAUUUUGAGUUUUACCUUUGUGUUUUUUUUAUUUUGUAUGGAUGCGGGAUUUAUCGUAAUGGUGUAUGCGCGUAUCUGUUAUAAUAGUUUUCAACGUACAUAUUUGUAAACCUGAGUUAUUUUGACGAGAAUGGGAUUAUACAUGAAUACAACUUAUGUGGUGACUUUUGUGUUCUUUUUCUGUGAAAUACCAAUUCCAUAUAUACAUUCACACAAAGCCUUGCGGGACUGAGUAUGUGAACAGAAAAG